UCCUGUCUCUCUGGCCCUGAGUAAUGGCUGAGGGUAAUGUCUGCAAGUGCUUCCAUUUCCUGCUGUUUUCUUGUAGCCUUCAUAGCACAGUUGUUACAGAUGAUACCUGGCAUUUCCCACAGAAUUCUCCUGAGGAAGCUGGCUGCUCAAGGCUUGAACAGAGUAAUCAGUGUUAGCUGAGCUCUUUCACUGAAUGAAUCCAAGAAGCCCUGUUUGUUGCUUUCUGAAAUGAACAGAGGACCUCGUAAGAGCGUUUCCAAGACUGCUUUAAUGUAUAAAGUCCCAUUUUGAAACACAAUGUCAAAUGAAGCCAGUUUGGGGCAGAAGCUUUCUACAACAACUGUCAGUUCGGUUGCUGUUCAUGCCGGGAAUGCCAGUAUCGUUAUAGCUGUACUUAAGUGUGGAAAAUGGGUGAAGCUUCAGCUGGCUGAAUCAACACCAAAUUUAUUAGAAAUUGGCAGCAAUCAAGAUGAGACUAAAAAACUACUACGAGAUCACGAACUCCUCCUAACUAAACUUAAGGCUUUGGAAGACCAAGUGUGGGACCUGCUGCAUGAAGCAGACAGGGCUGCAGAGGAGAACAAAGACAAGAGUCAGGUGUAUGAUGCCAUGGCAGAGACACUCGGAGAUGCAUGGGAUGCCCUCAUCAUUAUGUUAGAGAAGCGACAGGCACUUCUGGAACUUACUUCAGUGUUCUUUGAAAAUGCUCUGGAGUUUGCUGUUAAAAUUGACCAAGUUGAAGAUUUCUUAAAAAAUGCUCAAGAAUUCGACAAUAUUGACACUUUGAGAGAACUCCUUCUGCAACAAGAGCAUCACACAAAAGAGCUCUUGGAAAAGUCGCUUACACUUCUAAACAAAAGCCAAGAGCUAACUGAAUUUAUAGAAGGAUUCAAACGUGAGGGGCUAAAUGCAAAUCCUGAGCUGAUUCAGGGAGCCCAUAGCAGCUGCUUGAAAAUUGACAAUCUCCUUGAACUGCUACAAGACAGGCGGCGGCAACUGGACAGAUUUCUUAAACAUCAGCGCCAAGGACUGGAGCAGGUUCUGCAAAUUUGUUUGUGGCAUCAACAAGAGAACAAGGUAACAUCUUGGUACAAGAAGAACAUUAGAGAUUAUGUACACAAGCAAAACCUAGGCUCGUCUUUAUUGGAAAAUGAAGAGUUACUUCAAGAGCAUAAAGAAAUGGAAGUCAAAGUGAAAGAAUGGAGCUCCACUGUGGAACAAUUAGAGGCUGAAGCACUUAAGAUUUUGCUUUCGGAGGACUAUACAGAAAAAGAACAUCUAAACCUCACAAAUCAGAAAAUCUGUCUGUUGCAAGAAGAAGUGUGCUGCCAUAUGGAAGAAAGGAAAGCCCUGCUACAAGAGGCCAAUGACUUUUUUAAUGCUGCUGGCAAGGCACUUGAUGCUCUUGAAGGUAUUGAGAAUUACCUUAGAAUCCUUAAUUCAGAAGGCUUAAGUCUGCCUGUCUUGGCAAUGAAGUACGAGGAAUUAAAGGAAGAAAUUAAAGGCUGCACAGCAAGUACUUUGCGAAAAGGACAAACUUUAGUUAAUGAAGCAGAUUCUCACAGCUCUUGGGUAACAGAAAUUCAGAAAAUCAUAGAGUAUGUUCAAAAAAAAGUGGAUCAAUUACUCAGGCAGUGUCCAGAUUAUAAAGAACUUACUUUGAAGAAACAGCAAUGGAGUACCUCACUUGAAGAUCAUCUAAAUAUGGUAUCACAGUCGAUUAAAAAAAUCACCCCGAAGCUUGCAGUUGGUGUGGAGAUUGAUUCCUGUUUGUCUGAGUCAGAAAGAAUUUUGAACAAAUACCUGGAACUGGCUAAUCAAAUGAAGGAAGCUUCACAUGAACUGGAAGCAGCUAAGGGAAUCAUCAAAGAUAUGGAAGAGUUUGAACCCGAGCAAGUGGCAGCUUUUUCUAGCAAAACUGACUUUCUGAAUGAAGAACUGAAAAAAAUUGAAAGAAAUAUUAAUUCAAAACUGAAAAUCCUAACAACUUAUGUAAACUUUUUAAAGUCAGCAGUGGAGGUGAAUGACCAUAUUCAAAAUCUGAAGGAAUUUUAUCAAGCAGAACCACUACAAACAAGCAGGGAGGUUGAAAAUAAAAGUGCAAUAGAGUCAGCUAAUACCAAGUGGCAAAAGACUAUAAAGAUGAUUUUUUCCACUGAAAAUUUGGGUCACAAUUUCCUUAAUUUAGCAAAUAUGGCAAAUGAGAGCUUAAUAUUAAAAGCAGAAAAAACUGUACAAGUAACAGAAGAUACCAUUACUAAUCUGAGUAAAGGAAAGAAAGAGCUGACUGAUCUUUGGGCAAUCUGGAAUUUUAAAAUUAAUCAAGUAAAACCCAUCAAGCAACAGUGCUUGAUAUUUAAAGAACAACUAACUAAGACUACCCAUGGGCUGAAGAUUCUUCAAGAGGCUCUCAGGCUUAUAUCAACAGUUGAUCUUGGAAGCGACCUUUGUAUUGCCUUAGAACUACAAAAGCUUAACCAAAUAAAACCACAGUUUCAGCAACUGAAUGCUGAACUUGAGUACAUGAUAAAAGUAUUAGAAUCGCCAAGUCAGAAAGGAUUUCCUGUGAAAGAGAAUUCUGAGAGAAUAAGUGAGCUUAUUCAUCUGCAUCAAAUGGUAAAGAGCAUGAUGGCAGAAUAUGAUGAGAUUUUCAACAAAACAGUUAAAUUCCAUCAUGUUAAAAAAGAACUGGAAUGUCUAUCAAAAUCAGGAGAACUGGAUAUUCCUGAAAUAACUGAGGGCCCUGAAGAUGUACACCAUGCUAAAGCCUACCUUUUGAAUGCUCAGAAGAAGCAUGCACAUAUCAGACAGCUUUAUAAACUGGUUAUUACCCAGGGAGUGGAUAUCUUGUCUGCAGUACAGCAAACUAAUUGCUUGAAUGUUUCUGUAAAGAAUCUGAAGCAAGAACUUGCUAGACUUGAGUGCGACAGCAUUAACUGGAGUUCCAAAGCAGAUAAAUAUGAGGAAGAACUGUCACAGCAUUUCCAAUACUGUACCAAUCAAGAGGAGAUAAAUGAGCUCAGAGAAUCAUUUAAGGAUCUCAAAAAGAAAUUCAACAAUUUGAAGUUUAACUAUACCAAGAAAACUGAAAAAGCUAGAAAUUUGAAAGCGCUUAAAAUAAAUAUUCAGCAAGUUGAUACAUAUGCUGAGAAAAUACAGGUGCUUAAAAAGAAGAUGGAUAAUUUAGAGAAGAAAUUCAUUGACUCUGCAGCAAAUGAACUUAAUGGUAGAGUCCUCUUGGGGUCAAUUAAUGAGUUACAAAAACAGUUGAGUGACUUUGGCAAAGUUGUGGAGGAUUACAGUCAAAAUCUGAAUCUCAUGGAACAUCUGCAACAGAUGAUGGAAGAGUGUCAAUUUUGCUUUGAAGAUGUGAGUGCAACAGUCGUUAGAGUUGGCAAGUAUUCUGCAGAAUGCAAAACAAGAGAAGCAAUAGAGACUCUCUACAAGCAAUUCAAUAAGUUUAUUGAGUCUACAGUGCCUCAACAAGAAGAAAAAGUUCAGCAGAUUAUAGACUUGGCUAAACAGUUAUAUGGUUUUGAAGAAGGAAAGAAGUAUGUUGAAAAAUCUGUAUCAAAGUACAAAGAAAUUCUUAAUUCUGUUGAUGAGUUGUGUAGAUCUCUGAGAGAAUUUAAGGAGAUUCAGAAAGAUGUGUUUGCUGAAGAGUUGGUUACUGUGCAAAAAGAAGAAGGAAAUAGCCAAGAUGCAUGUGAGGCUGUUAUAGAUGAAGCAGAGGAAAAAAAGCAGCGGAUGGGAUCAGAUAUAUUGCUUACAAAUUCAAAAAGCGUUAGUGAGAAGAGAAAGAGCAUGUCUCCUACCAACACUAAACAGGAGAGGAAUAUUGAUAUUCCAAUUAUCUGCCCAGCUGGUAAGGAUCUUGUUUCACAGGAUACAGAGCUGUCAUCUUCAGCCAAAGAGAAGAGCUCACAGACUGAGUUCCUGGCAGAAGAAAUACCCUCUGGAGAUGAAUAUGAGUGUAUAUCACCUGAUGAUAUCUCUUUGCCACCACUUUCUGAGACACCAGAAUCCAACGUCUUAUUUUCUGAAACAGAGCUAGAAGAGCAAUGCUGUUGUAGUUCUCAUAAUCUGCAUGCCAGUUCCUAUAGCUUGCAAAUACAGAAAAACACUAUUGGUAAAAAGUUGAUGGAAGCAUCUGAUCUCCUAACAAAUUCUGCUUAUGCUGAUGCUACAAAUAUUAGAAUGGAAAUUCCAUCUGAUCAGUUUGAGAAGUUUUAUAUCUCUUCAGCAGAUUCUGAUCCAAAAGUCAGAGCAGAAGCUCCUUUGGCUUAUAGUUUACGAGCAAUAUCUGAGGCUAGCACUGCUUCCUGCACAGUGAAUGCCAAACCAGUAUAUAGCAUGAGGAGUGAAGUGUGCAAAACACAUUUGCAACACCUUGAACUUUGUAAAAGCAUGGCAGAAGCACAAGAACAAUUGCAUGACUUGAAUAACUGUACUAAAACCCAGGACAGGCUGCAUGCUUUGCCUGAUGCAUUCUCAGGUUUCAUGUUUCAAUCAGACGCCACCAGAAGCUGUCAGAGGCAGAUGGUUACCCGAGAAGAGAUUAAAAGUGCAUCAGAAAAGAACAGCAUGGCCAGCCUAACUGGACAGGCGCCUAACUUCUCCCAGCUUCUGUCUAAUGUAACCGUCAUGGAAGGUUCUCCAGUAACCUUGGAAGUAGAAGUAACAGGAUUCCCAGAGCCUACACUGACAUGGUACAAGAAGGGCCAGAAACUGACUGCAGAUGAGCACUUAAAGCUUUUACAAAAGGAGACAAAGCAUACUUUACUCAUUCAGAAGGUGUGUGAUAAAGAUGCUGGCCUCUAUGUUGUUCGGGCUAAAAAUUCUAGUGGCACCAUAUCAUCAAGUGCCAUUCUCCACGUGAAAGGUAACAGGCCACCUAUUGCAAGAAUAGACUGGAUAAUGCUGUGUGUCGUCUAUAUUAGCAUAUCACUAAUGUACUGGCUAUUCACAAAAGUACAAUAUUGACUGCACUGGACUUAAUUCUCACAUGCUAAGGCAACAUGAAAUUUAUUGUCCUACACUGAAUCUUUCACCAUCUGUACCAAACUACUUUUAUGCCACACUCGAUAUAUUGCUUGUUUCUUAAUACCAGUAUUAUAUGAUUGUUUUUCUUUCUCAUAGUGAUGUUGAGAUAAAAAUAAGUUACAAAGAUUUUCUAGAAUCUAAGACCUGGUUCCCAUUCUAAAUAUGUUGGCAAUAUGAAGUGUUGAAAACAGUUUUAAUGGCUAUUACAUGUCAAAAUACACACAGGUAGUGCGCUCAGAUCAACAUAUUUUUUAUGAUACAAUUUUUGGUGGGGAUGAAGGAGGACACUGAAUUUUAUUUUAAACAUAAGAUUUAUUAUUUCCAAUGACAUUUUUCUCAUCUACCUUUAUUUUUAUUUUUUUUUAUCUGUAAGGUAAAGCUUCUUAGUAUAAAAUGGUAAUAUUCAUGAUUGCACUGCCAUAGAUCAGAUUUAAAUUUCAGUCUCAUUCCAGAGGAUCAUCUCCACAAAUAAAAGCUGCAGUAGUUCCAAUAGAGAUGUGAUAAUCUGCACUACAGAGAUUUGACCCAGAAUUGUCAGGAUUUGUAUAAGCAGCACUUAGCAUACAGUAGAACAAAACCUGUACAUGUUUACAAAAUGAGACCUUCCAACAUAUCCAUCUGCUUAGAGAGAUGCUUGUGAUACUUCUCUGCCUUCUUAAAAAUUAAAAUUAUAAGUAUUUAUGAUAGUUCUCCAUAUUGUUAAUAUAUAGGAAAAGAAAAAUAAUAGUUUAUGAAAUGAGCAUUUAUGCACAUUUAAAAAUUUUAAUGCACUUAUUUCAUACAAUCACAUUGUAGAAAUACUCAAAAGUAUACUCACACCAAAAAAUAAUUAAAAGAUCAGUCAAAUAGAAUUCUUCUGUAACUUCAAAGUAGUUAAUCCAAAACAGAAAUUUAUCGACAUAUUGCAUUUCAUUCUUGACCAGGACAGCCGUAGAUGUUAUUUUUUAAGUACUUUGCUUAAAUAUUUGAUAAAAGCAACAUAACUGCUAGUGGAAGAAUUCAUUCAUAAAUCCUUAAAUGUCACUUGAAUCUUUCUUUACUUCUAGUAUUUGUUUAAGUACGGUAAAACCAAUUGAGAGAAAGACAGAUGAUUUUUCCUGCAUCUUUGAUUUUCAUCUUUCGUAUUAUGAAAUAUUCUUUCUUCUUUCAUAUUAUGAUUAUGGCAGUGUGGAAAAUUUAGAGAGAGGAAAUAUUUACUUUCUCUUCCACAUUUUGCUGAAAGAAAAUAAGCCUUCUACUGUGCAGCAUGCUGUGAGCAGAAUACAUAUUGCAAAUUGCACGGCGUCAAUGAAAUUGAACACUGACAUUUAGAUAUUUUGGCCCAGUGACUGUAACUUUAUUAAAAUUCCUGUAACUUUGAAACAGGAGAAGUUCUUAAGGGAAUACAACCUCACAACUAUAAGAGGGAGCUGGAGGAAGAGGAGAGGAGGUGGUGAGCAAAUGACAGAACAAAAUAUUUAACUAAACCCUGAACGAACAAUUUUCUGAGUUCAGUCAUCUCCUGAAAAGGUUGUUCCAUUCUCCCAGCUGUAAAAAUCAGUUCUUCUCUAAAAGUUUACUUUCCAUUUCACAAUAAAACUAUUUUUAAUUAGUACAAUUUUGAAUGUUUCAAUUUUCAUAAAAGUAAAAUUCAGUUUAGUGUACUUAUGCCCUUGUGACAUUAUCUGCCUUUAGUAGUUGUUACAAACAUUCAGCAAAACCUUCAUGAGCAAGCUGACUUACCUAACUGUUCAUUCCAUUAAGUAGUAUUACGGUAAGAACAAACCCCACAUGCCUCUCCUACACUCUGUAAGGUUUUGUCUGCUGCACAGCUGCCAGUGCUUGAUAACUGUAUCCUGUUUAUAACACUUAUUUUCUGUUUGAAAAAAAAAAAUUAGGUGAUGGCUGCCUUCAGUGCUCUGUUUUUACUGAGAAUUGUGACUCUUCCAGAAGCCCAUCAUUCAAAAAUUAAAAGUACUCAUGGAUGUUGUUUUGAUUUGCUUUCUGCUUUCUAGCUAACUUUAUAGAACACUCAGAUCAUUUUCCCAGGCAUUUUUGCCUUCAAUCUUGAGGCUAAGUUUAUGCACUGAGAAAGGAAAAAAUUGGGGGGGGGGGGGGGGCAGGGGCAAAAGAAACAGGAGUGAAAGCAAAGAUGUUCUCUUCUGCCUUGCCACUUCCAGAAUCAGGCCUUUAAAUUAUUCACUAACUGUCAUAAAGCUAGUACCAGAGUCAUAGCUCUGUAGAGGCUGGACUCAAAGCUGCAUCUCUGUUUUAAUGUGUGGAUGCUUCAUCUCGAAAACUACAGAAAGUUCAUUGCUAGAAUAAUCAUUGUUCUGUCAUCUUUAUAUGGUGAGUGGGUGAGUUCAGCACAAAGUUGACAUUUUGGUUGGAGGAGAGCCACUUGUGGAGCAAAACAGCAAUGCAGGGUGAGCUUCUGUCCUUCAGGCGUCAAGGAUUCUAAUCCUGUUCAGAAGAUCUUGUCACAACCUCACUUGUAGUUCUAUCAAAGUGAAAAAACUUGAACUUUUCAUCUUGUCAUGGAGCAGAAACCAGAGGUAGCUUGGAUAUAGACUGGUAUUCAGAUCCAAUUGCUUGAUAGCACUUCAAGAAAGACUAUUUACUAUUUACAGUAAUCAGCUCUAUGAGUUGAAAAGGCAACAGACAACUCCUAGAGGGGUGUUCUUUCUCCUUCCUAAUGUACAUCCAGACUGAGGUAUUACAAGGGAACAGCUAUGCAGACCUUUUCUCUCAUACACAUUACAUUAAAUCUGUUUCUGCUCUUAUUCUUAAUGUUACUUAAAAGGCUUUAGAACAAGCAGAAGAGAUCUCAGUUACUUGGUUCACGUGAGAUUUGACAGACAAUAUCUAAAGGUAGUUUGCAAAAUUAGGUGAGAGAAAGCUUGAACCCAAGUGGGAUUUAUUCAGUCUUUUCAUUAUUAUUAUUAUUAGAAACUAACCAGUAAUGUUAUCUGAUAUUGGAGUUUGGGUUACACACGCACUCCCAAGCAUAGCAAGGAAGACUGUAAUCUUUGCUCCGAGAGAGGAAGAGAUUAAGAGAUGCUUCAGAGCAAGAGAGUAGAUUUUGUUCAAACUGUUGCAAAUCUAUGCUCUGUAUGCUUAUGAACAAGUAUAUUCUACCUUUUACAGUAAAACUCUGCAUAUGUACCAUGCUUCAUAUUUCUAGUCUUGUAUACUUAACUUUUUCCCCCCCUUUGCAGAAAAACGUUUAAAAUCUGAUUUUCUUCUGAGUUAUAGUUUAAAUAAUUCAUGAAAUGAGGAUUGUUGCUAAAGAUUGUGUUUUCCGUAUUUAUUUUUAUCUUUUUUAAAAUCAUAUUUUGAAAGUCCUAUUGGUAGUUCAUAUACUGAACAAGACAUGGAAGUAGCUUAUCUUAAUGGACUUUUUUAAGGCAUUGCUAUUUGAGUCUUGAUUUGGGAUGAUAGUCUGGAAGACUUUGCAGAUGAGGAAGCUGCAUUGAUGUGAUGUCCCUAUAGAUGAUCACCGCUAUGAUAUGGUGUUGAAACACCAUCCAUGCUCAAUUUUGUUGGCUAAAGAAGGACAUUCUUAAGCUACUUCUGUCUAGGAAGUCACUAAAGAAAAGCUGCCCUCUGACUGCAAAACUACCAAGGAAGAAUGGUAGUGAAAAGCCACGCUUGGUGAGGUUAACACUCCUUUUCCAACUUGAACCAUAAAUGCCAGUUCUAACUGACAAAUUCCGUAGCUCAGAUUUCAACAGAUCGUCACCAAAGAGAGAGAGAAAAAAAAAAAGCCAAUGGUGGUCUUGUCUCCAACUACGUCAAGCAAAGACAAAACAAAAAUUUUUCCAAUGGAGAUGACUAGAAUGCUGAUAACAGUCUUUGAACACUGAGUAAAAUUAUAUGCGUCUAAAGAUUAUAUGGAAGACCGCAGUAGAUUACCUGUCACCCAGGGAAGCCAGCUGCCUUUCUAAAGAAAGCAAGCAGUAGUUUUGCUGUUCAAUUCAAAAGCAGAUGAAGUGGCUUAUAAUCUGUGCCCUUGCCAGCACAUCCACUUUCAUUUUUACUCAAACGUGUUAUUUGUGAAAGAAUGAGUUUCCUACUAUUGGAUUAAAUCCUAGAAUUAAGCUUCUAUUUAAAUAUUAAAUAACAUCUUUCAAGUUGUUAAAAGAGAGUGAGAUGCAAAGGAAUCCAACUUUCAAAAUCUAAGUAUACAGUUGUAUUUAAGGGUGCACACAAGUAUUACAUUCAUGCUGUUACUAUGUGACACUGUGAAAUUGUAAAAGGUCAAAACCAACAUAUUGUCUUUUCUGAAAAUACCAUUUUUGCAUAGUUGGAUAUAAUUAUUAAUCAAAAAGGUAUAAACAUAAGGUAAAAAUACUGUAGCACGUCUAUAGAUCUUAAAUCAGUGCAGAAGUUUUUAAUCUCAUUGUUCAAUAAAACUUUCCUCAGAGAAUUUGGAAAUUUCUGUGAAUUUUAGAUUAACAAAACUUGAUUUUCACAUAUCUCAGAGUGAGUACCGUAUUGCAUCAAACUUUAAUCAGAAAUAUUUUAAAACGUGUAAUUUUUAAUAGUUAUGUGGAUAUCAGCCACAUUUUUAAUAGCUGCAAGAAAUAAAAUUUAAAAAGAGGUUAGAGAUACCGACUACACAGUGAGAUUCUUGAAAGCGUCCUGGUUUUUAAUGCUUUGCUUUGUAAACAAAGGUGUAGUCAAUACUGAGUACUGCUUUGUUGGUAGUCUGGGUUAAAUACUCUUGAUUUGAUGACUCUGAGUUCCCCCCCAAAAUUGCUGUAAAAUUCCUGCCAGGCUUCCCUCCCUCUCCCUGCCCCCCACACCUUUUUUUUUCUCUAAAUAGUUCGUGUUGUGUAUACCUUGCUUCCUCCUUCUUUUAACCAUUCCGUACAAGCAGAAUAGUACAUAUGGGUGUUUUGAAUUCUGUUUUUUCUGUGUUCUUGUUUUACCAUACUGAACUCCCACGGUCACAGUUUUGAACCUAUAAUUAAUGUAAGAUCCAAGAAUAUUUCCAUCUUCCUGACUGCUGUCUUAAGGAGCAGUUUUAGAUAUCUCUUCAGACUCACAACAAAAAUAUUCUGCUUAGGCACUUUACUAACCUAACCUCCCUUCCUCCUUCCCCAUAUACAGGCACCCAUUAAAAAAGAAAGUGGUGAACAAGAUUGCCUGACUAGAAGAAGUGGAAUUAUGUGAAAGAGUGCUUACACAAGGUGUACAAAUUUGGAGGGGAAAGGGGUUAAUUCUUUUUAUUUCUCAAAAGAAGCAGCCUGAUUGUGGGCCUAGGUGUGAGUCAAUAGGCAAAGGGAAGCUGAGGCAUUCCUCUGGUUGGCUUUGGAUCAGAUGUGGAUGGAGCUGCAGUGGAGAAGGUGGCUUCCUCUCAAAUGACUGGUAAGGUAUGCCUAUUUCUGCUCCUUUUUCUGGAGACUUUGGUAGGCUAAGGUAGUAUUAUUUUGUGUGUGCGGGGGAGUUUUGUCUUUAAAAAUUACAGCUCAGUUUCCUUUUUGAGGCUAUACCAUGGUAUUCAAUGAGACUUGAGCUCUGGAUAUGGUUAUUUCCGAUCAGCUGGGAUCAUCGACCCACUUGAUGUUUCUUAAUAAAAUUCCUUGUGUGUUAGUAGCUUGACUAAAACAAAAAUCGCCAAACAAUAAAAUACAGUUUCAAGUAAGAGUAAUGCUGACAGAAUCCAAAUUCUCUGAGCAGCAUGGUAUGAAUCUCAGUCUAGUCUAAAUUUUUUUAGAAGAUACAGUUAGAAGUUGAGAAAAUUUCCUAACAUCACAUUUCAAGACAUUCAGAGAUUUGAAAUUAUGUGCACAGGGUAAACAGACUAAGAAUAACUGUGAAUCAUAGUAAUCAAAACUGGCUGCUGAAAACAAUUUGGCUUGAUCUGGUACCACCUGUGCUUGAGCAUCAGUGGGGGUGGUAAAAAAACAUGUGAUGAAGUCAAGCCCAGGUUUUCCCCCCACCUGCAGUUUUUGCAUUGUUCCAGACCUCUGAGUUUUCCUUUUCAUGCUUGCCAGUUCCCCAGCUUGCCACAGAAUUGUACUGUUUCCAACAAAUAUAUAACAUUUAAUAUUAUGAAUUGAAUAGACAAAUUUCUUGGAUGAAGUUGACAGGGUGGGUUUUCAGUGGCCCUGACAACCUGAAAUGUUGUUUCCUUCCAUAAGGCAGGGAAAAAAAAUCUGUUCCUGCUAAUCCUUUGUGGUUCAUACAAUGUCUAUCCUAGGAAUCAAUUUUAAUUGGCAAGUUGUUUUAGCUUAUUCUGGCAUUUCAUUAUGAUAUCAUGGGCAAAUCACUGGUGAAAUAUAACCAUAUAUUUCCUCUUGAAGGUUGCUGUCAGAGGAAGAUCUCUCCUUUUUACAUCAGAAUGUUCCUUUAUUGAGUACUGUAGCAUGUUCCUCAAAGAGUUGUAGUUACUGCCACUUCAUGGUUUUGUUUGCACAUACUUUUCACUUUGCUGUCUAGAAACUGGUCAUUUUAGUUUCUGUGUUCUGCCGAUUUACUGAUUCAACAUCAAGAUGUGAUCUGAUUGAUCAUUGUCACAGUUCCAUUCAAAUCUUUUAUUCUUUGGUUGGUUGGUUGUUUCUCCUGUUGAAGUGAAGCUGCAGAUUCCAAAUCUCUGCAAUGUAACAAUGGUGGCAGCGUGUGUAUGCUAGCUUUCAACAGCUGAGAACUCAACUGUUGAUCUACUGAGCUAUCUUAGGUUAGCAAGAGUAUGAGAGUAAAAGUCACGUACUUCUGCUUUGUAUUGUGGCCUCAGACCUACAGGAUGGGAAGAAUGUUACGCAGCUAAGACUUUAUUGAAAGCUUCUUUUGAGUAAUAGCUCACCUAAGCAAAGAAUUUAUUAAUACAGGAGGUGAAAAUGUCUGCCUCACCAUGUUUGACAGUCCCACAUUAGACAAAUACAUCCAAAGGACAGUGGCUAAUAAUCCAUAUAUUAUGGAUUUAGAUGUUGCUGGCUACUUUUGUGACGUAUGCUGUUUUUUGUUUCACAAUAGCAUAAAGCAAAAUUAUUUAUUGUAAUACAAUGGGGUGAUGCUGGCAUAGUUCGUAGUACAUUUCAGUAACUUCAAUUUCUGAAAAGACUGAUGAUUAGUUUUGCUCAAUAUUAUGGAGAUAUAUUAUAGUUUAUCAUAAAGAGGAACAAGAAUUAGGGAAGCAAAAUGUUUAUUUUUGUUGUGGUAUAUAUCUUUGUGUGUGUUCUGUGUGUUAGCAUCAGGGCUGCUUUGAAUUCCCUGAGUCAUGAAUACUUGAUUUGAAUUCUGAGGUCUUUUUCUUCUUUUAAUGUGGCCACGGAGGUAGAAUUUAAGUGGAACUUUGGGUAGAAGUAUGAUGUUUCAUUACAUCCAGCUUUACAGCUCAUUAAAUUUAUUGUCACAUGAAGCAAAGCUCUGAUUCAGUACAAACUGACUCAGAUGACUGAAAUUUCUUCAAACAUUUCUGGUGAGUUAAUUUGUAUUGGCCAGACUUUGUACUCUGGUAUUGGCUCAGGUAUCAUCUGUCCUCCUACAGUUGGCAUGAAACCAAUACAAACUCCACCUCAUGUGCUCUGGUUAUUGCAAAAUAAAUGCAGUUAUGUGCCCAUGCUUCAUCUAAAUCAAAUAUGUACUGCAUAAUCUCAUAGUGUGUGGCCUUAGUGUUAAUGAUGGCCAAAAUAUUGAUCUUGAUGAUAGUAGUACAGAGGCCGUGUUCUGGCUGUAAUCAUUGCUGUAAAUAUAGAACAAUAUAUUUUUUUUCAACAACAUUUUAGACUGGAACAUUGGAAUAAAAAAAAGUGAAGUGUGAUGUAUGACAGUAUGCUAAAUGCAAGUUAGCUGUCUUAACUUUUUUCCUUUAAAUUUGUGUGCGAUAUUUAUUUACUCUUCACUGAAACACAGUAAUCCACAUAUAUUAACCUAUUACCUACACAAAGAACGUGAUUCAUUAUCAUUACCGUGGAUCUAAUAUCACUGCUGAUGCAUGAAAUUCUUGGAUGCUUGAUAUCCAUGUGUUUCAGCAAACUUUAUAUUAUAUAGAUAAAUGAUGUGUGCUUACUCCUGUCUUGCAAACAAGUUAUCCUGAGUUCCAGGUGUCAAUGAAGGCUCUCUUUGUCAUGGAAUGUGGUAAAGUUCUAACUAUGAGAAUGGAUUUUUGCUUCAGUUGCUUUAGUUUUGCCAUUUAAAGUAGAGUGAAUAAUUUUUUUUCAGUACAGGGAAAACAGCCAAACUUCAUACAAAAAUUUGGACAUACAACUCUACAAGAAGGAGAAGAUUUAAUCCUGCAUUGCACUAUACAUGGAAAGCCCAAACCCCACGUCUGCUGGACUAAGGAUGAUAUCCAAGUGGUAGCUGGAGAUAUCAGUAUUGAGAAAUUAGGAGAUACCUAUUACCUCUUAAAAAGAAAUGUAGUCCUUGCUGAUACUGGGAAAUAUAUCUGUGUUGCCAGCAAUGAAGUUGGGAAGGCACACUGUUCUGCUGUUGUAACAGUGAUAGAGAAAAAUAAAACCCCAGAAAUUUCCACCGUAACUCAGACUAAAUCAGAAUGGAAAGAUGGAUAUUUUUCAGAAAAAGUGAAUGUCACCACAGGUGAACUACUACAAACCCAGGACACAUUUUAUGUGAGAGAUCAAAGGCCACUCACUAAACAUCUCCCAUUAAGGUUUAAAGAGAAACUCUGGCUUCAAGGAGUGUAUCUUGAACUUGUGAGGCCAACAGAGGUUAGCUUCAAUUUGGAACAUGAUCCUGUUCUUCUGCAUGCUUCAGAGGAUCAGAUGGACUGAACCGCAAAAUACCUGAUUCAAGAGGGUGUUCAUUUUGUUUGCUGUGUCCAUUAUUGGGUGCUGAUCAUGUGUGAGGAGAAAAUGAGUCUUUGAGUGUUAUUUGGUUUAUAUGUAGGUUACAAUUUGUAUUUUGGUUUCUCUAUAAAUCAUCAUUAAUAAAAAUUCACCUGUGCACAGCA